UUAAAAAUCAAAUAUGAACCCCCACUCAUCUUCAUCUCCAAAGCCACACCAAAAGAAUCACAGCAACCAAUCCGAAACCCGCCACCACACCGCCACCAGAGAUGGCGGCGAUAGCCGCCGCAGUCGCCGCCGCGUCGUCGGCCCUGAACUCCCUCCACCUCUCUCGACCCUCGUCUCUCAUCCGCACUCGCUCCCACCUCCGCACCCUCACCUCAUCUCUCUCUUCGCCGUCCACAACCCAAUUCAACAUCACCUUCGCCCCUCCCAAACCCAAAACCCCAAAACCCAACCCAGACCCAAUCUCUCCCGACGAACUAGGUCAACAACUCUUCAUCCCAUGGAUCGUCCGCGACGAGAAGGGCAACCUCACUCUCCAGUCCACCCCACCGCCUCGUCUUCUUCACGAAAUGGCCAAUGCCAAGACUCAGUCCGCCAAGAAGAAGAAGAAGAAGAAAGAGAGCUCAAUCAAUGCUGUCCCAACAUCUGAGCCCAAGCAUUCCAAAGCAGCAAGGAGAUUUUAUAAUCAGAAUUUCAGAGAUCCUCCUCAGCGCCUCAGUAAGGUUCUUGCUUCUUCCGGAGUGGCAUCGAGAAGGAGCAGCGAAGAGCUUAUUUUCCAAGGACGGGUGACUGUUAAUGGUUCUGUGUGCAACACUCCUCAGACUAGAGUUGAUCCUGCCAGGGAUAUAAUUUAUGUCAAUGGAAACCGCCUUCCUAAGAAAUUGCCUCCAAAGGUGUAUUUGGCCUUGAACAAGCCAAAAGGGUACAUAUGCUCUUCUGGGGAGAAAGAGACUAAAUCAGUGAUAUCUCUUUUUGAUGAUUAUUUGAAGAGUUGGGAUAAAAGGAAUCGGGGACAACCUAAACCAAGAUUGUUUACUGUUGGCCGCCUUGAUGUUGCCACAAGUGGUUUAAUUAUUGUAACAAAUGAUGGGGAGUUUGCUCAAAAACUUUCACAUCCUUCUUUUAAUUUAUCAAAGGAAUACAUUGCAACUAUAGAUGGUGUGGUCAAUAAGCGGCACCUAAUAGCAAUCAGUGAGGGAACAGUCAUUGAAGGCACCCAUUGCACCCCAGAUGUUGUUGAGCUUCUACCACAACAGCCUGACAUAUCAAGACCUCGACUUCGUGUUGUGGUUCAUGAGGGGAGAAAUCAUGAAGUUCGGCAACUUGUAAAAAAUGCUGGACUGGAGAUCCAUUCACUAAAGCGUGUACGUAUAGGUGGUUUCAGGCUUCCAUCAGACCUUGUGCUUGGGAAGCAUAUUGAGCUAAAACAAUCGAACCUGAGGGCUCUCGGCUGGAAGAGUUAAAGAAAUUGCGGCCAAAGGGAUUAAAGCCAAUUUUCUUGUACUCCUUUGCAAUAGAGCUUGAAGGAAAGUAUUGCAAUACCUGGUAAUGUCUUGCAGGUGAUAAUUAUUGAAUGUGGAUCUCAACCUACCUGAAUCUAUGAGUCGGGAUACUUCCUUUCAUAAAGGUCGUGUCCAAAUCAGUUGCAAUACCUGCGAAAGGCAAUUUCUGUACAUUUUUUUCUUGUCUUGGGGUUGCUCAGCUUUGAGCGAACAAUGAUUUCCAAAUAUAUUUGUUGAACCUGAAAAGAGCUGGAUUGCAAGAGACACUUCUGUACAUAGUGCAAUUGUGAUGCUGAUUAGCAACACUGCAACUGAGAUGUGUUGUCCCAUCCGAUAGCUUUUUACCCUCUUUAGUUAGUAGAGAUCAAUGUGACUGUUAAUUUCAUUGGGUCCUAGUUUUUUGUUUGUCCAGGGAUAAAGAUCUUAUAUUUUUGCUGUUUGGUAACUUAACUUGAAGAA